AUUUGGUAUGAGUAAAUUAGACUUAAUGAAUAAGAUGCUCAAAAAAAUUCAUCAAAAAAUUCCACCGGGAAACAUCCCAAAUGGAGACGGCCGGACAGAGCUUCUUAUAUAAGAAUUUAUUUGACUUUUUUAUGUAAGUUCGAGGACCUCUCUCACCCUUUUCCGUAAAUUUCGUUUAAAGUUGUUUACAUGCCCAAACAUUCUUGGAAAAAUUGAUUAUAAUAAUCUCAACUACUGACGGUACCUGACCGACUGUAAAUAAAUUCCUAUAUUUUCUAAAAAGAUAUAGCAGGUAAUCCAUAUAAAUAAUCCCAAAUUUUAAUUUUUACGCUUAAUUUCUAUUAAAAAUUCACUUGUUGGAGCGGAUAAUAUGUGGUCAUGGAACAUUAUUGAUGGACGGUCCAUAUAGUUGGGAUUAUACAAAAAUAAUCAAUAAUUGAGAUUUUAGCGUACCGAUAAUAAUUGGUAUUAUUAUUUUCAAUUUUUCCAAUUCUUUUAGAUAAUUGCUCUGUACUACUUGCAAAUAAUUUCAGCCAUUGCUGUUUUCUGGUUUCAGACUUUCAGGUUCUUUCUUUCUUGUCGAUGCGUUAAACCUACGGCCUGGUUGUGUCUAACUUUUCUUUUUAAAGCUUCAAUUUUUAAAAAAUUUACCAUUUUUUUUGUAUUUUUUCUAUGAGCUUGGUUAGUUGGGGCGUUUACUAGAUCCUCCCGAUUUGUGAUUAUUUUCCAUCAAAUUCAUUUCGUGGUUCGAAGUUCGGUUUUUAAAGGUUUUUAGAGGAAGAAUGAUUGGAAUCCAAGCUUGAUAUUUUUCCCGGCAGUUGGAAUGGGCAAGAAAGGCAGAAUUUUUGGGCUGACUUUCUCACUGUUAAUCCUUUUAAGCUCUUCAAACGCCUCUAAUUCAACAGCAAACAGUUAUUCCACUGCCCCAGAACAGGGUUCGCAAGUGAAUGAAACAAUAAGCCUCAAGGGAUUAAAUGGGAGUUCAGGAAUUGAAAAAGGAAAGCCUAAAGAGACUCAGGGGAGUGAAGACUUGAGUAAAGUGUAUUUGAAGGGUGACAAUACCACAACAGAUGCUAUACCACCUUCGAAAUCGAAGAGCCAUGAAGAGAAAGGGAAAGUAGAGAAUGUCACAAUGGCAGCCGAGGUCAAGGGUAAUGAGAGUUGUGAAGGGGCAUUACAAGAAUGCCACAUUAAGAAUACAUUGCUCGCCUGCAUACAAAUGCCAAAAAAUGGUACUACGGGGUCAAAAGAACCAUUCCUUGUUCUUCAGAAUGAAGGAUAUAGCAGGCUGGAAGUGAAAAUAUAUACCCUGACAUCAGCAGGAAAAGAUUCUGCCACAGUCAAUGUAAACCAAACAAUAUGGGUAAAUAUAUCAUCAACUUUGAGCCAAAGAUCCAAAACAGUAGUAGUUGAUACAGGCAUUAGUGGUAGAUGUGAGCUUCUUGGGUUGGGUCAUUCUGUCGCGCCUGUGGGCAACCUUGUCCAGCAGUUGUCUCUAUACUCAAAACAAGUGACUCCCGUCUAUGGUGCCUACUUCCUGUUUCUGGUGGCACUAGUUUUUGGCGGGACAUGGGCUGCCUGCAAGUUAAGAAAAAAGAAACAGCCCGGCAGUGGAGGAGUUCCUUAUCAUGAACUUGAAAUGGGGUUACCGGAAUCUUCUGCUGUCAUACACGUGGAUAACACUGCAGAAGGCUGGGAUCAGGUUUGGGAUGAUGAUGAUUGGGAUGAGGACAAUGCGGUCAAUCCGCACCACCGUCUGGGGAACAUUUCUGCCACUGGUCUAACUGCCCGAUCUGCAAAGAAAGAUGGAUGGGAUAACGACUGGGAUGACUAGUGAGUGAAGCAAGAAGGAAUUUUUGAAACCAAGAAACACAUACAAAUCAUACAAUUUCCAAAGGAGCCUAAAAUCUUGUAAUUUAUUUCUUAUGGGAUCGAUUGAUUCUACCACAGAAGUUUGCUGUAUCAUAAGGUAUAUGUUCUUGUGGAAUACCAAGAACCAGUUUUUUACCUUUUGUGUUGAUUUUUUUUUAUCAUUAUAGUAACUACUACUUCGUGGCUAUUUUUUUACAUGCUUUAUAUCAAAAGCUUUUGAAAAAAUUAGCUUGAUGUGAGCACUUAUAGUUAUACACUUAAUAUGUAGUAGUUGGC